AUGUUGAACUCACAGUUUCCACUGUUGACUUUUGAUUCGGUCACUACAUACUCCAACUUCAAGAGCAACUUUGUGAAGAGGCUGUCUGCCGAGACGCCUGUGGCCAGCAGCCCCAUCACCACCAGAUGGCAGCCAAACGCAGCCAGGGACCAGGAAGCCUGCUCUUCUGUAGAGGGCUCGACCUCAGACAUCCCUGAAUCCUCAUCAGUGUUGAAGACAAUGCCAGCAGCGGACACCCUAACUCCACAUGAACCCAGUCUUAGGCUUUCCGUUAGAUUCCACAGCAAAGAAUCACUUAAAACCCCCCUCAAAGGAAGCUCUGAAAUGAAUAGCUCCAAUCUCCAUUUACAAGACACCUCAUGUAGGGGACAGAGGAAAACAUUCCUCUCAGCCAAUGGGAAAUGGCUAAACCAGCUGUUUUCAACCCAGAGGGGAGUUCAGCAAACUGAUGGGAAAACGCAUCUCUGUGAGAAAUCCUAAUGUGUCUGCGCAGGCUGUAGAGAUGGAGUCAGAGAUGAAUCCUUCUACCUCAAGAGGUUCAGCAGUGUCCACCAUUCCAUGUGUCAACCAGGAGUGAAGCUUCAUCUUACGGGCUUUUGAAAUGACUACUACCUCGAUAUCCCAGACUGGAAUUCUCAAAAUCUUGUUGCUGUAGCCCUCGGAUCCCCUGUAUACAUCUGGAACAGACAAAACCACAGUGGGAUUGAAAAAAUAGACUUAAGCCUCUUCUGUAAUUAUGCAUCAUCUGUGUCCUGGAUCAGAGAGGGAUCGUGCCUGGCUGUUGGCACCAGCAAGGGAGAAGUACAGUCAUGGGAUAUAAUCACUAAAAAGCGGCUGAGAAACACGCUUGGUCACUUGUCAGUAGUUGGAGCCCUGUGCUGGAACUACUGCACCCUCAGCAGGAGAGCUGCUGCGGCUGCCGACUUCUGUGUACAUCAUCCAGGUGACCUUGCUUUCUCCAGGGCUCACUUGUCUAUGUUCUUACCUGGAACUUUACAGGCCACGGAGUGGUGUCCCUGGUGAUCUGAGGUCCUUGCCGUUGGAGGAGGAUUGAAGGAUGGACACCUACGGGUUUUGGACGUAAAUACUGAGAAGAACAUUCAGACCCCAAGCACACACUCACAGAUUUGCUCCCUCAUCUGGCUACCUAAGACAAAGGAGAUUGCAACAGGCCAAGGUGCUCCCAAGAGUGUUGUGGCUCUGUGGGCCUGCCCCACUCUUUCUCCCACGGGUCACAGAGGCAGGGCGCUGCACCUGGCCCCGAGUCCAGACGAGAUCCUGGCGCAUGGGACAGCUUGUGUGUGGAAGAAGCACCCGUGA